AUGUUGCUCCUGGGACAUCGUCUCGGCGGCUGGCUCGCGCUGUUGUUGCUGAUAUUCGCGCGUCAAGCUGGCGGCCAGAUAUCGAAGCCGAUUGCCGCGGAUAGCAAUGUUGAUACAUCACGAAACAAGUUCCUUCAGCGGGACGCGGAUGCGGGCGCUCGACCAAGCGCGUCCAAGCUGAUGUCGGACCGCUGCGACAACCCGCAGCUGCAGCUCAAGUGGAUGACGGAGCUGUCGUCCUCGGUGUACACCACGCCGCUCAUCACCGACCUGUUCGGCGACGGAACGAAGGACGUCGUCGCCAACACGUUCGUCAAAUACGUCGAGGUCGUGGACGGCCGGGACGGGUCGCGACCACCAGGGUUCCCGGCCAAGUACGAGUGGCAGACCGGGACCUCUCACUCCUCCCCCCUGCUGUUCGACAUCGACUUCGACGGCGUGAAAGACAUCCUGAUCGGAACGUACGACGGCGAGAUCAGCUUCGUCAAGGACACCGGGGACCGGAUGUACGGGUACACGAUCUACCUGCCCCGGCUCAAGGUCGACCGCCUGUGGUGGCAGGAUCUCGCGCCGGACCCUGUGCGCGGCGCCACGCUCGCCCCGGCCGCGCGUGCGCCUCCACCAGCGGGCCGGCCGCCCGGCCGCGGGCGCAGGCUGCAGGAGGUCGUGGAGGAGCCGCUUGACGCGAUGGACGUCGAGGACGGCGAGGUGCGGGGCGAGGAGGAGGAGGAGGUGGCGGGCGGCGUGCUCAUCGACGACCACGACGGGUCGACGAAAGAGGGGCUCAAGCACUACGAGGAUGCAGACGAGGAUGACGAUGGAUGCGCUCUCGAUGGCUCGGGCUGUGGGGACGAGACGGAAGCCGCAGCGGCGGCAACAACAAACGUGGCACCAACUGCGCAGCAAGUGCCGCAGGGGGUCACGGCGACGCCUCGGCCGCCGCAGGGCGCGCAGCCAACGCAGCGGGCGCCGCAGGCAGCGCAGCCAACGCGACAGAUGCCGCAGGGAGCGCAGCCAACGCAGCAGGCUCCGAAGGGAGCGCAGCCAACGCGACAGGUGCCGCAGGGAGCGCAGCCAACGCAGCAGACGCCGCAGGGAGCGCAGCCAACGCGACAGAUGCCGCAGGGAGCGCAGCCAACGCAGCAGGCGCAGCAAGCAGUGACGCAGGCCGCCAAACCUGCGGCGGCCACGCCAGCGCCGGCGAGGACAGCAGCAGCGGCCGCCGAUGCGGGAGUAAGGGCCGCGGCGGCGCCAACCACUGCGCCCGAGCCCACUCCCGCGGCUAGGGUCCUGGGGCGCCAGGAUGCGAUGAAGCGGUCGGCAGGCGCCGCGGCUGCCGCGGGUGUGCAGGCCGACGAGUUUGCGCGGGAGGAAGAGGAGGCCGCGGCUGCUGAGAAGCGUCAGGAGAUGGGCGUCGCGGACAGAAUGGCCGCCGCCGGCGAGGGAGACAUUCCGGUGCACCCCGCGAUCAAAGCCGCGAUGGAUGACUGGGACAUGGUGGACAGGGGGCCGCGGCGCGGGGACGACGAGGACGCUGACCUCGCAGCCGAGCGCGCGCACGAGGACCUGGGGAUGCGGCAGGACGGGGCACCAACGCCCGCACCGUCGCCGUUUGUCAACGUCGACUCGCACGUCCUGGCGACCCCCGCGCUGCACGACCUGAACGGGGACGGCAUCGAGGAGCUGAUUGUGCCGGUGUCGCACUUCUUCGACAGGGACUACUAUUCCAAGCAGCGAAACAAGUGGAGGAUACCUGCGGGGACCGACAUCAGCAAGUACAUCGCGUCCGCAGUAGUGGCCAUCAGCAUGCGCACGCGCCACACCCUGUGGCACGCCCACCUGGACCUGACCACCGAGGACACCAAGUACGCGUCGUACGUCUACGCGACGCCCGUCGUCGCUGAUGUGGACGGCGACGGCGCCCCGGAGGUCGUCCUCGGGACGGGCAGCGGCCACGUGCACGUCCUGGACCGCAACGGCGAAUCGAAGGCGGGGUGGCCGCAGCUGAUCGGGCAGGUGCAGGGGCAGGCGCUGGUGGCCGACUUGAACGGCGACGGCGCGCUCGAGAUCCUCGUUGCCGACGCGCAGGGCAGCGUGGUGUGUUUCGCUGCCAGUGGGGCGGUGCUGUGGGACCGGCACUUCGGCACGGCGUUCAUGCAGGGUGCCGUCGGCGGGGACGUCGACGGCGACGGACAGCUGGACGUCGUGCUCGGGAGUGCGUCCGGGCGCCUGUUUGCGCUGCGCGGAAAGGACGGCUCAGAUCUGGACGGAUUCCCGUACGCCGCGGGGGACCGCAUCAUGGCGGUACCGCUGCUGAUGCGCAUGGCCGACACAAGGCUGCCGGGCCUGGGGAGCGUGGUGACGGAGCGAAGCACCGAGCGCGCGCUGCGUGCGUCACAUCGAAAGGCCACGAUGAGCGUCAUUUUCCCGUCCUUCGACGGCUACCUGCACGUCGUCAACCCAGCGAGCGAGUGCGUGGAGUUGGUCGACAUAGGUGAGGCGUCGUAUUCGAUGGUGCUGGCGGACGACGUGGACAACGACGGCAUGAUGGACCUGAUCGUGUCCACGAUGAACGGGAACCUGUACUGCUUCGGCACGCGCACGCCGUUCCGCCCCCUCCGCUCCUGGACGAGCCAGACUCUGGCCAGCAACGGCCUGGUGGCCCGUGAGGGUUGGGUGGGGGUGUCCGCCACGCAGGGCUCGCGCACGUUCCGCGACGUGCGGGGGCAGGACUUCCGCGUCGAGAUCGAGAUCCGCGACGACCGGCCGGCGGGCGGCAAGGCGCGCGGUCCGUACUCGGUCACGGUGAUGCUGGAGGGCGUGAGCAUGGUGGAGAUGAACAUGGGCGCGUCGCCGAUCGUGGGCGUCACGGAGACGUUCAGCGCGCCCGGGACGUACAGCCUGUCGCUGCUGACGCCGCGGAGCCGGUCGACCGCCGUCGUCGCGGUCACGAUGACGGACGAGGCGGGCAUGACGUACCGCGACGAGUUCAGCGUGUCCUUCCACGUGCACUUCUACCGCCUCCUGAAGUGGGCCGUGGCGCUGCCGCUCAUCGCGAGCUCCGUCGCGCUGCUCCUCCUCGGCCGGCAGGAGGAGAGCGGCGCGCAGAUCCCCGAGUACCAAAUGCGCAAGCUGGACUAG